UAUAAUAUAAAAUACUAAUGAACACAUUUGCCUAUAUUCACUUUAAAUUUUCUUUAGUUCUUUACUAGUUAUAAUUAAUAUUAGUAUUUUAUUUACAAUGGAAUUUUAUUCGUUGAUUUUAAUAAUGUCUAUUGUCGUUUUCGCUAAGAAACCAGACGAAGAAACAAAUUGCAAUCGUAGAAUUGUUAACAAAUACCGUGAGGAUUACAAAAAUUAUAUUAAAACAGUGGUUGGUUACAUUCGUUUAAAUAUUGGAUUGAAUGAAAUGCAAAAUCUAAAAUUCAAAAAGGAUUCAAUUUGUACUAUUAGUAUUGAGGAAGCUUUCAAACCCGAAAUAAACUACAAUAAUUUCAAAAAUAACUAUUUUUAUACAAUAAAUCUACUGAAUUUCAAGUACACUGAAAUACUAAAAAACUUCCUCGAUUAUAUCGACAUUAUUCUCCAAGUAUGUAAGCAAUUUCAUGAAAGAAAUUUAGAAGAAAAAUUUAUUUGUUGUGUAACAUCACUUAUAGAAGAAGUGAAAAAUUCUAAGACUAUGUUUGAAAAUCUCUACAAUGGUAUGACGUUUAUAAGCAACAUAGAUGUAAGAUUUGUGUUUCAAGGAUGCAUUAUGCCGAAUGUUAUAAUUAAUGAAAUCAACUUUUUUCAAAAAUAUGUGUUGUAUAAAAUAUCAGAGAGCAGCCAAUUAGAUCACAACACACAUUUUAAUUUCAACUGCUUACCAAAUAUUGAAUACUCAGAAAUGAAUUUUGAGAGUUUAAACGAAUUUCUUACAGUAGCAUCAAUAAUAGUAAACAAUCUCUUUAAAAAUAGUAAUAUCAUCGACACUUCUAUAAAAACCAAUUCGACAACAAUUCAAAAUAAUGAUGAUGAAUUUUAUUUAGUCUAUUUAACAUGUAGUAAACUUAAAUCGUUUUAUACUGAAAACAUAGAAAUCUGGUAUAAAAAUCUUGGCUUUGAAAAAUUUCUCAAUCCCAAAAUACCCAUACUCAUACCUCCAAUAGAUUCAAAAUUUAAUAUAAAUGUGGCAAUUAAAGCUUUCAAUAUACUUCGACAUGAAUCUGGUUGGAAAACAAUGGAACACAUAAAUAUAGUAUAUAAUGAAAAACUAUAUAGCGUAGAUUGUAUUAUGAAAGACUCAAUUGAUAACAUAAAUUUUCAAAUAAAAAAAGAACAUGUAAUGCAAUUAUUAAGAUGUAGAUACACAGAAAUAAUUAAAAAUUAUCACAUGUUAUUAACUGUUUUAUUGACUCUAUGCGAUAAUUAUGCAAAACAUUUCAACUACAAUUGUUUGAUUAAAUUCUUUGACUCAUUCAAUAAAUCUAAAAUAAUGUUUGAAGGUCUGCAAUCAGCUUUAAUUACUUUAAAAAAAUCAUUACUUUGGAAUAUUACUGCAAUGUCUCAUUCGAAUUUACAAAAAAUAUUAAAAUGGGUUGACGAUUUUAAUUGUUUAUUGAAUAACAAUGAAUUUUCUCAAGAUAAAUUUCUCGAUCAAAAAGGUAUUCAAAUCACCGAUAUUAUAAACAAAAAAGUUGUAGUUUUAUUAAAUUUUCGUAAACAAUUUUAUAUUGAUUUAAAUAGUGAAUUGGGUAACAUGAACUCCCGUUGUAAAAUGAAAGAUAAUUUUUUUGAUAAGACCCAACUUGAAAAUUAUUUUAAGUAUUUAGCAAGUAAAAUGAGUACUUCAUAUUAUGAACAUUCAAUCCAAAUGUAUCAUAUUGCAUGUAAUUAUUUUGACGAGUUUUGUGAAAAUGUUUACAAAUCUUGUUAUGAAAAUUUAGGAUUCAGAAAAGUUAAUCGUCUCAACAAAACCUCUGAUGAAAUAAUAAUGGUGGAUUAGAUUGAUUAUUCUCCUACUUAGACUUUACUACAUAAUAAAUGCUAAAUAUCAACCAGUUGCAAUAAGUAAAUUUCAUAAAAUUAUUUCUACAGUAAAUUUACUAGAUCACUAGAUUACUAGUUACAUUUAAUAUAUAAAAAAAUAUAUAUAUUUUUU